AUGUUGUCAUCUAAGGCUCCUGCAAUGUUCAAACUUCUGAGAAGUUCGAGACGGCUCAAUCAGUCUUCUUCUACAAUCCAGCAUCCAUUGAACCAAUGGGUAGGACAAUCACAAGAUCGGCAUACAACGAUUCGUCGGCCCUUUGCCUCCAGUCUUGCCAGUCAGGUUGCCAAGUCGAAACCAUUGGCAAACGUUCGGAAACAACUGUGGGAGUUCUACUUCUCCACAGGUCGGGGUGCCAAUGCUCUCUUUGAAGCAAUCGAUCUGGACGAAAACGGAUUCGUUGAACCAGUGGAACUGAAAGCAUUUAUGAUUGAAGUCUUGAAGGAUCCGGAUGGCGUCGAGAUUGAUCCAACGGAAAUUAUGCCCUAUGCUUGGAAUCGACUGGAACAACAGGAGGCGGCGGGACAGCAAUACGAUAUGAAGGCAUUCAAGAAAUGGUUGAUUGCAGCCACCAAAAUGAGUGCGGAUACCAAAAACAGUCGAAUCAUGGCAUACUUGGCACAACAUCCACAGCAGGGCGAGCAGUAUAUUUCCGAUGCCGAAGAGGAGGAAAAUUACACAUGGAAUGAGGAAACCAUGAGUCAAUCGCUCCGACGUAUGCAAUAUGCCGUGCGCGGAGAGGUGGUAAUGAAAGCAGAUCAGCUAGCAGCACAGGGAAGAGACAUUCUCUACACGAAUAUUGGAAAUCCCCACCAAGUGGGACAAGCACCUAUUACUUAUUUCCGUCAAACGUUGGCACUCUGUGACCUUCCUGCCGAAUACGGUGUGGACCAUCCUAACGUCAACGACUUGUUUCCCCGUGAUGUAGUCAAACGAGCAAGGGAAUACCGCGAAAUCAUUGGACCGAGCGGAACUGGGGCCUACACUCACUCGCAAGGCAUACUUGGGCUGAGGAAACAUGUGGCCGAGUUUAUUCAAAACCGUGAUGGCUAUAAAUCAUAUCCGGGUAACAUUUUCUUGACCAAUGGCGCAUCGACUGCCAUCUCCAUGGUAUUGCAAGGACUGUUGGCUAGUAACAAGGACGCCAUUAUGAUUCCCAUUCCACAAUAUCCAAUCUACUCGGCAUUGAUUUCCAAACUUGGAGGACGACAGGUUGGCUACGAACUCGACGAAUCUUUGAAUUGGGCCGUCACGAGAGAAGAGCUCGAUAAGCGAUUGGCAAAGGCCAAGAAAGAAGACUUGGAUGUAAAGGCAUUGGCAAUGAUCAACCCUGGUAAUCCUUCGGGUAAUGUCAUGACUCACGAGGAUAUUCAGGUCAUUCUAGAGUUUUGCGAUGAAAAUGGAAUUGUCGUUCUUGCCGACGAAGUCUACCAGACCAAUGUCUAUGCCGAAACUGCCCAAUUUGUCAGCGCCAAAAAGGUGGCAUUGGAUUGCCAACUACGUGACUUGCAGCUUGUCAGCUUUCAUUCGACGAGCAAGGGGUUAAUCGGGGAAUGCGGUAGAAGGGGCGGAUACAUGGAACUUCAUCACAUCGAUCCUUACGUGCAGAGUCAACUUUACAAACUCGCAAGUGCAGACUUGUGUUCCGGUGUCGUUGGUCAAGUCAUGACUAGUCUCAUGCUACGACCUCCUGAGCCAAGUGACGAAUCCUACGCAUUGUUUGACAAGGAAAUGACGGGCAUUUACAAUGGCCUCAAGGAAAGAUCCAAGAAGCUUGUGGAGGGGCUGAAUACGAUUCCAGGAAUCACAUGCGUCCCAGCCGAGGGUGCCAUGUAUGCAUUUCCAAGUGUGGAAAUCCCACAAAAAGCCAUUGAAGCUGCCAAGGAACAGGGAACUACGCCAGACAACCUGUACGCACUCAGUCUACUGGAAGAGACUGGAAUUUGCGUAGUUCCAGCAUCCGGAUUUGGACAAAAGAAGGGCCGAGUAGGCUUUCGAACAACAUUUUUGCAUCCAGACACAUUGAAGGCUAUCGACUUGUUUGCUAAACAUCACGCAAAGUUUGUGGAACAGUACUCUGAUUGA